AGUGUAGGUACGGACUUGUAAAAGUGACUGUGGUGAGGUUUUGUCACAGGACUUAGUUACCGGAACCUAGGCUAAGAAAAUCACAGUGAUUUUUGCGAACUGUACCUCUAUAGUUUUUUCACGUAAAUCGUUUUGGACGAUUGUUAUCGCAACGUACAUAGUUCUAAGCAGUUUAAAGUUCGUGUUUUGUCAACGUGGUGACUGUUUAACUUAGUGAUUUUAGACUUUUCUUGCGACUGUGUGGACUUAAUUAUCACAGUUCGUCUGUCGUUGUAAACAAUCUAGUGCUUAAGUGGAACCUUACUAAGUUUUGAGACGUUGUGCUGAAUAAAUAGUGAACUUUUUACAAUGGUGCUAACAAGAUCGCGUAAUGCGAGCCAUUCUACCGCUGGCGCCUCCGUUAAGGCGGAAGCGCUGCUCCAAGCGCCCGCGCCGGACAUGUCAUGUCCGCGCGGCGAUGACACUUCGGCUGCAGAAGUGGUUGUGGUGUACCCACAGCCGGCUGCUGGCGCCGCCGCAGCUCCGGUCGCCAUAACAACCGAGCAGCUACUGCUGCUUAUUGACAGGCUAAGUCAUCGUGAGUCUGUAAGUACGCCAACACAAUUUUAUUCUGGCAACUUUGCCAAGUGCACCGCUCGCUUCGAUGGCGAGAGAUCCAGCGACGUCUUGGCGUUUAUAGACGCCAUAGAAACUUACAAGGAAUGUGUUCGAGUGGAUGACUGCAGCAAUGCACUUCGUGGUUUAUCAAUGCUCUUGACGGGAAUUGCAGCCACCUGGUGGCAGGGUGUAAAACUGUAAAAGACAGCACCGUCACAUGGUCAGCGGCUAUCGACGCUUUAAAACAAACAUUCGGACCAAGGCUGCCGCCGUCAAA